AAGGGCCGUUCGUGUCCUUUGUUUUUGCUAUAAAACCCAUAAAAACAGAACCUAAUAGUCCUUGUCAGAUUUGUUUCGACUUUCGAGCAUAGGGUUUGGUUUCAGAGGCACACAAGCGAAGAUCAAAUCAAGAGAGGGGAAUUAAUUAAUUCGAGAUGGAUGGUGGCGACAGUAAUGGAGAUCCCAUGACUCUGGGAUCUUUUUUCAGAUCUCAAUUGUAUGAGAUGGUGGAUGAUCCUUCAACUGAUUCAAUAGUUUCGUGGAGCGAGAGCGGCAAGAGUUUCGUCGUUUGGGAUGACUCAGGGUUCCUCAAAGCUGGUUUUAUGAAAGAGAUCCUUGAACACGUGGGCUUCAGGAAAGUUGAAGAGUCUGAUCAGAAAUGGGAAUAUGCAUGCGAUUAUUUCGUGAGAGGUCAGCCUGGGCUUACACCGCCUUCUGAUAUUUGUGGUGGCCCUGUUUUAACGCCUGGAUAUCUCAGAAAGAUUGAGAUUAAGAAACGCAGUGGAACUGGAAGAAAGCAACGACGGCCUUCUCUUUUCAAAAGAAAAAUGUAUGAUAUGGUCGAUGAUCCUUCAACUGAUUCAAUUGUCUCGUGGAGUGAGAGCGGCAAGAGUUUCAUCAUUUGGAAAGAAACUGAGUUCCUGAGAGAUGUUCUUCCGCAACAUGUGUUCUUCUUGCGAUACGAGAUGACAUCCUUUGCCCGCUGGCUCUAUGUCAUGGGCUAUAGGAAAGUUGAAGAAUCAUCUCACCAAUGGGAGUUUGCUGGCGAUUAUCUUGUCAGAGGCGAACCUGGCGAGCCUGAUUUGCCCACACCUCCAUGCACUCCUGGGGGGAUUAUGAUUACCCCAUAAACUGCCAGAAUCAUGGAGACGAACUUUGCUUUCCAGAACAAGUAUCUGGAACACCAACCUUGUAAUAAUGAAUAAUCUCUCUCUCUCUCUCUCUCUCUCUCUCUUGGUUCGUUAGAGUUGCUUAUUUUCUUCUUUGUGGCAUCAUCACCAAUCUCUUGUCUCU